AAAUUACGACCGGAAAAGGGUCAGCUAUAAUGUGGUCCCAUCUUUUCUCUUCUCUGCAGCGGAUAUUGACGCUUCACAGCUGGCUGCUGUGCGCCCUGUGCUUAUGGCAGCGGGACAUUCGCUGCAGCGCCUGCAGUACGCGGAAGACCGCAGUCACUGAUUCUGACCAAUCGGCAGUUACCAUAGAUUUAACGAAAUGGGAGCCUCUGGAGGAGGUCAUUGAAGGCUCUGCAAAGGAAGACGACCUGGUCACGUUUGAAUUUCGGUCGGCGGCGACAACGACGGCGCCACCAUCGGCGGCCGCGGGCGGUAUGGUGCGGCCGCGUCUGGGACAAAAUGCCUCCUUCGACUGCCCGGUGCCCGUGGGCGGCCGUCUCUCCGACAUCCACUGGACCGUCCAGGGGCGGACCGUCUUCCAGCGGGGUCAACCGGUGGCCCAUCAUCCGGACUACGAAUUUGCGCAGCGGAACGGCAGUGUGGCUGUGCUACGCAUCCUUAAUGUCUCCAUGGCAUCCAGCGGCGAGGUGGUCUGCCACCUGCAGGAGGUGGUGCUGCGCCGCUACACCCUGAUCCCCCGCGUCACACGGGCCAGCGAGGUCUUCGAGACGGACUUGGCGCAGCAGCACCGGGCGGUGGUCGGCGGCAGCUUUAAACUCAGCUGCCGGGUGCGGGUGCCCCUGGCGCCGGAGGUCGCGGCGGAUGUCCGCGAGCACUACAUGAUGCGGUCCCGCGGUGUGCUGUAUUUGAUUCCCAGGGUGUACAAUCGGCGCCGGCGGAAGACCCGUGUGUCAGGUGGCGUCAUUGAGCAGGAAUCCUUAUAA